AUGAAAAUUGUUCUUGUAGAUGCAAAAGCGGUUCUUGAGAGCAAACUUUCUGAAAUAGAUCUGUGCUUAGACAAGGCCAAUAAUGUGGCUACCAUUGUCGAUAACAGCACACAGUCAUUGGUUCAGUUGCAAAUGACGUAUCCUUGGCUACAAGUAAAGCUCCGGUCGCCACCAAAUGCACUGUUAGGUGCCUGUUGUCUAUGUCAGCACCAUUCUUUACAAAUACGUUUGCUUUGUGGUUACUCCAGCAUGCAGAAUUGGCUCAAUUGUUUUGUUGUGCUUGAUAGCGAUCAUCAUGCGCAAAGAGUUAAAAAUCAUGAACCGUUAGAAUGUCAUAAAAGCAGCAAGUCAGCAGAAGAACAAAGAAAAAGGAAUGCUAUCUUAUUUUCCUCUCAAGUUGCUCAAAAGAAAGAGACAGAAGCUACAGAAAGGUUCCUUUUGUGAUGUUAUGGACUAAUACAGUGCCAUGUACCAUAUAACAGAUAUCCAUUCAUGACAUAACUGCACCAUCUUCUGAUAUGGCUAUAGCCAGUGCUUCCGAUUGUAUAUAUAACGUGCAGUUGCGAUCCUUGGUGCAAUUCAUUCAUUCACCCAACCCUUCAACUGGCUGUCUUCAGCACUGCCAUCUAUCAUUCGACAAAGUAACAGUUGAACAUAUUACACGUCAAGUAGUUAAUCUCAGAAUCUUGGAUCUUAAUGGAGAACCAGUCUGUGUCAAUGGAAAUCAAAGUGUCAUUUCUGAUUUUCUCGACAUGAAGAUCCUGUACCAGAUUACACAAUCAGUCUUGGAAAUAUUCCCUUGGCCGAUCAUACCAGUGACACAAGAGGUGUAGGCUGGUGGAGACAAGAUUUAUAUGUUACUUGGUUGGCUCAGUUGAUGCUGUUUUAACUAAUGCUUAUGUAUUGGAACUACUCUGGCAAGAACAAGCUGCUGAGGGAGAUGUAAUGGAAUUCGUGGUCACUUGAAGAAUUUAGUGAGUCCGCUUUUUCUAUCAACCUUACUUAUACUCGCCGACAUAUUUAGUCAGUCCGCAUUCACAAGUGAAGCUGCACAGUCUGAUCUGUAUCCAUUAUGGGAUGACAAAGCCAAUGUAGAUAAAUUUAUUGGAAACAUAACAAAAAUGAAUGAAAUGCCAGUUCUGGAAAAUCCCUUGAACAGACGGCUGCGUUUACAAUACCCAAGUAUAGGAGAAGGGAAUUUUAUGCCAAAUUUUAGUAAACCCGAUCAGCAAGUCAACAUUUUACAACAUGAUGUUCAAUUCCAACCUUGGGUACGACAUCGCCCACAACCGUUGACACCAGAUGACAUCAUCAGAACAACUGAAGAUAGAUUGAAGCAAUUAACGCCAGCAAUAUUACGAGCAGCUCCAAUAUUUUUAGCGAUGGGCAAACAGGAAGAAAAUGUAAUAAAGAUGUUUGAUGUCAAGUCGUUUGAUUACCACAGCUCUGAAAGUCUGUGUGAACAAAAUAACAAUGAAUUUAUUUCAUUUGCUAAACAUCUAAACAGAGAUAACCUUUCAUUUCCAUGA